UUUGACGUUUAGCUUGACAGUUGAGUUGAAUGACUGUAAAAAGAUUUCAAAGGAAAAUCAAAAUAUUUGUGUAGCGCAUAUUUUAUAUAUUUAUACGGGACGUUGCCUUUGUUCUCUUGGAGUUAACAUUUCGCUAGCCAUUCCCACGUUCCUCCACAGAGGGCCGGGAAUCAGAAACAGCUGGAGGAGGAGUGCUUUAAAUUAAACAGUGAUGGAUUCCUGCCUAGGUGUUGAACAGGACCUAGACAAAGCUAUAUCCAAGCUAUUUGGACUGAGUGAGCACGCUGACAGGAUCUUACAGGAUGCCGUACAACAGAUACAAGACCUCAAGAAUGAAAUUGCUAAUAUUCCACCAGACACCCCGCUGACAGAUGGCCAAGCACAGAUAGUAAAGGAGACCACACAGCGGAUAAAAGAAGCACUGCAACAUCUUGCCACAGACCACCGAGACUUGCAUGCUAGCGUCUCCCGAGUGGGCAAGUCCAUCGACCGCCACUUCAUAGCAGACUACGCAUCUGUCGCGCCCAAAGCCGAGUCCUUCAUGUCUGACACCAACCGACCCAUCGUGGAGCAAGCUAUAGCCGAGCAUCUGUAUAGACAGGGUCUUGAGGAAGUAGCAGAUGAGUUCGUGGCGGAGGCCGGCGUCACGGGCGUGGAGCGCCGUUCUGCCUUCGUAUCUGUUGAACGGAUAGCGGCGGCGCUGGCUGCAGGCAAUGCAUUACCCGCUCUGCGCUGGACUGAGAAGAUGAGUCACGACCUCAGGAACGACGACCUUCCCUUCACGCUACACACCGUGCACGCACUCAAAUUGGCUCGUGAAGAAGGCGUAGUGGCAGCCAUAGAGUACGCCCGAGCUCACUUCCCGCGCCACGCGGCGAGGCACGAGCAGCAGCUGCAGCGGGCCGUGUGCGCGCUCGCGUGGUGCGCUAAAGACGCGCCGCCGCCGCCGAAGCAGUAUGAGCAUUUGCUGAAUGCUAAGGCUUUAGGCGCAGAAGCAGCAGAAAUGUUCAUCACCGUAGCCUGUUCUCUCCUCAACCUAUCCCCGUGUUCAGCUUUGGGCGGCGCCGUGCGAGCCGGCUGUCGCGUGCUGCCCGCGCUGCACGACAUGCGCGCCAAGAUGACGCAGCCGAGGGUCCGUGCUGCGUAUACUACUGCCGAUCUACCGCUAGAGGUGGACCUAGGCGAAGACGGCGGCGCGCACCACUCGGUAUUCGCGUGUCCGAUCCUGCGCCAACAGGCGUCGGAGCAGAACCCGCCGAUGCGCCUGCUGUGCGGACACGUCAUCUCGAGAGACGCACUCAACAAGCUAGCGCAGGGGGUCAAGUUGAAGUGUCCGUACUGUCCCAUGGAGCAAUCCCCGUCCGAGGCGAGGCAGAUAUACUUCUCAUAAACAUAUUCACCUGAAACUUACGUAAUUAUAAGUCGCGCCAAUAAAGAAACUAAUCCAAAAUGGCGGUUGGUAUUGUGGAACUUUUAAUUAGAUGGAGGGAAGUAUCAUGGCGGAUUUUGAAGAAACAUAACUUACGCCAAUGCAUGUUUCUUCAGCGAAUUUCAUUUUAGAUUCGUUAUUUAUUGGCUCGACUUAUAAGUGGAUACUUACCUUCUACAUAAUAACUACUUUUAAUAUACAUAUUUUAUUAUAAUAGAGUGUACCCUGUCAGACAUGUAGAUUCUAUCUAGUUCUUAGUGCUUUUGGCAAAGGUACGAUAAUCGAAAGAUAAAUGUGACGAGACUUUUAUUAAUACUAUAGUUAAAUCAUUUGAAAUAAAAUCGUAAUGGCGAAGGAAAAAAGUCAUUUAUUAAAGCCAUUUGAUGGUAUUUAUAACUUGAAGAGUUGUUAUAGAUAGACUGUUUUCUAAACCGAUCGAGCAGUGAAAAUCGACGCAAAUUUAUAUGGCGCGGAGCUAGUUUAGCGCGUGUACCGCUAGGUGGCGACUUAUCCAUGCCAUACAAAUUCGCGUUUACUCGCCACUACUCGAACGGUGUAAACAAAAACUCGCAAUCUACAUACAAUGAUGAAAUUGACUCCAAAACGAACAAGUUUUUGUUUCAAAUGACUUCUCAAAUAAAAUACUGCCUUUAAAUUAUAUGGAAUAGUCAAGUAAAUGGUUAACCUUAGUUUUGUCGAGGGCUUAGAAUUGUAUGAAUUCUGACUUUUCUCGAUGGACCUCAAUUUGUCGGUUUUAAAUAUGAUAAUCGGAUGAUAGCGAGCCCUCGACUUUACCCCAUACAAUAUAAUUAUAUUUAUGGGUAAGAUGAUACAUACAUGCGAUAUUUACUUACAUGCUAUUAGGCUGGUUGAAUGACCGAGUUCUGUUGUUUUUUAAUGUAAUAAAACUAUUUUCUAUA